AUGCCAACUUAUCGUUUCUUAGCCAUUGCAUUGGAUGCCUCUGGACAUGUGCAUUCAAUUUUGGGAUUUGCUGAAGCUCUAAAAGCUGCCGGUCAUGAAGUUUGGUUCACUCAUCGUGAGAGGUACAGAUCUUUAGCUGAAAAGAGAGGAGUGUCAUUCAUUCCUUUUGGUGAAGAUUUUGUUGAUGCUAAUGUAGAGCAACUAAUGAUCAAUUUAAUUGAAACCUUUGCCGAUAAAUUUCGUAAAGAGCCAUUGGAAUGUCUCCGUGAAAUGGCCAAGUUUGCUGAUGCAGGUCUUGGGGAUACUGGUGCUCAAAUGAUGGCCUUCUUUGAGCCUUUGAAUAAAAUCAUAACUGAAAGAAUCAACGAGUUCGAUGCCAUUAUUGCUGACAUGCCAGGUCCAAUACUCAACCUGUACAACCAUUUGAUCCCUUGUUUUCCGCUUAUCUCAACCGCUCCACUAGUAUUGUAUCCAUCCGGUCCUCCAUGCAGCUCUGGAUAUUCAGUGAACAGUGAUAAAUCUAAAUGGAGCGAGUUCAAAGAUGUUUUUAACAAAGCCAAUGCAAUGCUAUUCAAGAUGCCCAGUCAUAUUUCGGAAGCCAUGGGAUUCCCGGAAUUCGAUCCUGAUGCAUUUGAUAUAGAAGAGUUUCUUGGUAAGGUACAGUCUUUUGGUUUUUACCAUUAUCCUGCUGAUUUGGACUUUACUGAAUGUGCUCCAAUCCGACCUAAUUGGCAUAGAAUUGAUUGUUGGGUUCGUAAGCCAGAUGUUGAUACCGAAUUCGUAAUACCAGAAAAACUACAAGAUAAACCAGGUAAACUAAUCUACUUUUCGUUAGGAACAUUAGCAUCUGUUGAUACAUCCAUGAUGAAAAAGCUGAUUGCUAUUCUAGCCAAAUCGCCACAUAGAUUUAUCGUCUCUAAAGGACCUCGAGGUGAUGCACUUGAAUUAGCUGACAACAUGUGGGGUGAAAAUUAUGUUAAUCAAAUCAAGAUAAUUGAACAGGUUGAUCUGGUGAUAACUCACGGAGGUAACAAUACUUUUAUGGAAACACUUUAUUAUGGAAAACCCAUGAUUGUCAUUCCCUACUUUGGUGACCAAUAUGAUAAUGCACAACGAGUUGUUGAUAAAAAUAUUGGUUUCCGUGUCAAUUCAUAUGAAAUUGAGGAAGAGCAUCUUCUUGAUUGUAUUGAGAAAGCAAUUAAGGACCAAGAUUUGAAGAAUAGAAUCAAAGCCAUUUCACAAAAGAUGAGAAAUUCAAAGAGUCUAACUGAAGCCAUCAAAAUGAUUGAAAAACAAAUUGAAAAAUUUGAAAAAUAA